AUGGAGCCUCUGAAUUUUACCACCACGGGGUCCGUAAACGGGUCCAAAGCUCUGCCAUCCUCGACGACGCUUUCCUCGUCUGCCUUCGUCAACACGGACAACCUCAACCUGGACUCGUCUGUAUCGGUGGCUUCACUCGACUCCAACCACCGCCGCCACGCUCGCAGUGUCUCCAUCCCGGCUGUCAUUGGCUCCGUCACUAAUACCAGGAGCCGGCAUGCAGAGCCAGGCACCUCCGACAUCCACCCCGAGAGAGCCAGCCUGCCCACAAACACGCACAGCUCAAUUCAGCUAAUGAGCACACGAGCUCUUCUUGCACGUUCUCGCCGCCAAUCCGCCACUUCUGCCACUUCCACAGACGACAGUCCUGCGCCCAGAUCCGACCACGACGCGGACGCCCAGCGAACCCGUCUCGCCACCAUCGACAACCCAGCAAGCCUCAAUACUACUGUCGCCACUGCUCCGGCUUCUUCUACGCUGAGGUCUUCUUGGUGCGAGUCUGAUUCCCGCCGUCUUUCCAACAGUUCGAUAUAUUCGCUGGCCUCUGCCAGAGGCAUCGCAAAUUCUCCUGCCCACAGCACUGACAAGGGAGCUACCGCACGCUCCGCUUCCGCAAGUCUGAUGUCGACCGCCAAGGGCUCCGGCUCCGGCCAGUCAGAAAGCGGUGUCUCCAAUGUCACCGUCACGACGUCUUCCAACACACAAGCCACUGGUCCUGCCGGGCCUCAGCUGACACCCCGAGACCCUCACCCGCAGCCGCUCGACCUCAUCCGACGUACUCAGCGAGCCGAGACAAUGCGGUCGCAGCCAGACCGGUCCCGCAGCAGGGUAAAGCGACGCUUCAGUGGCAGCACUGCCAACAGCAGCCACAGUCCCAGCAGUGACAGGGGUAACCAUCACUACAGAGAAGAAGCGCAGUGGGGCGUCAUUGGCAUCUGUGCCCUAGAUAUCAAGGCGCGCAGCAAGCCGAGCCGCAAUAUUUUGAAUCGCAUCAUUGCCAAUCGCGAAUUCGACGUGGUGGUAUUUGGUGACAAGGUCAUCCUGGAUGAAGGUCAGUUUAAACCACGCUGGGGCGCGCUGGCCUUUUAUACUAACACGCAAGACAGAGGUCGAAAAUUGGCCAAUUUGGUAAGUCUACGCGAUGCAGUCAUCUCGGUCAGCCUAUCAGGCCUAGCUACUCGCCACGCACCGACCAACCAAGACAUCCUAUUUCCAAGACAACGUCUGCUAACAUUAUUUAGCGACUAUUUGAUUUCGUUUUAUUCCGAUGGCUUUCCACUCGAAAAGGCAAUCGCCUAUGUCAAGGCUAGAAAGCCAUUCUGCGUCAACGAUGUGCCCAUGCAGCAGAUCCUGUGGGACAGGCGUAUUUGCCUGCGUCUUCUUGAUAAAAUCAACGUCCGCACGCCUCAACGUCUUGAGGUUACCCGCGACGGUGGCCCUAGCCUUCUUACACCAGACGUGGCAAAGUAUAUCAAAGAAGUAUCCGGGGUUACUCUUGACCCUGUGGACCCAACAAAAUUGUCGGUUCCAAGCAAGGUUGAGCUAAUUGAGGACGGCGACGCUCUUAGCGUUGAUGGUGCCGUGUUGCGCAAACCGUUUGUCGAAAAACCAACCAGCGCAGAAGACCAUAAUGUCAUCAUCUACUUCCCCAAAAGUGCUGGAGGUGGUGCGAGAAAACUAUUCCGCAAAAUUGGCAACAAGAGCUCCGAUUUUGUUGCCGAUCUGAACACGCCUCGCUGUAUCAGUGAACCAGAAAACAGCUACGUUUAUGAAAGCUUUAUGCAAGUCGAUAACGCCGAAGACGUCAAAGCAUACACUGUGGGCCCGAAUUUCUGCCAUGCCGAGACACGCAAGUCGCCUGUCGUGGACGGUAUUGUGAGACGCAACACUCACGGGAAGGAGUUGAGAUAUGUCACGGCCUUGAGCACCGAAGAAACAGACGUGGCAGGCAAAAUUUCAACUGCGUUUGGUCAGCGCGUUUGUGGAUUUGACCUUCUUCGCGCUGCUGGCAAAAGCUAUGUGAUCGACGUCAAUGGCUGGAGCUUUGUGAAAGACAAUGAGGAUUAUUACGAGCAUUGUGCCAGCAUCUUGAAGGAGAUGUUCAUCAAGGAAAAACUCCGACGAGUGUCUCUCACACCCCCUUUGCCAUCGCCUACCGCAUCAGAUUUUGAUUCUAUGUCAAGAACAACGGGGUCGCUCAAGGAGAAGGAGUUUCAGACUGCCAAUACAUCACAAGCCAUCACUGCUUCUCCCACCCCAACUGGCACUGGCGAGCCAGAAUCCGUGGAUUCAUCAGGGGCGGCUUCAAGUCUCACUGCAAUGAUUCCAAUUUCCGACAGUGCGCUUGCAACAGCACUUCAAAGCUCAGUAGCAAGCCUUUCCCUCCCUCCCCCUGCGCCAGAACUGGCCCUUCCAGCACCGGCGUCUAUAGCACCGACGUCUUCAGCACCGGCGUCUGUCAAGUCUACAACGACUGUUGCCACUGCGGCGACUGCGACGACUGCUGGUCACCAGGCUCCCAUUGACGAGGGUACUCCUGCUGUCCCUCCGCCGAAACACUCGUGGAAGCUGAAGGGAAUGAUUUCUGUAAUUCGACAUGCUGACAGAACUCCGAAACAAAAGUACAAGUUCACAUUUCACACGGAGCCGUUUAUCGCUCUCUUGAAAGGCCACCAGGAAGAGGUUCUACUCAUAGGCGAAGCUGCUUUGGCCAGUGUCAUGCAGGCUGUUGACUUUGCCUUUGAACAGGGUGUUGAAGAUCGCGGAAAACUCAAAUCCUUGAGGAACGUGCUCGUCAAGAAAGGCAGCUGGGCCGGUACAAAGGUUCAGAUCAAGCCCAUGUUCCGUAAAAGGAAGACGGAUCCGUCUGCCAAAGGUCUUCCAAAUGUCAAGGAAGAGGAAGAAAGUGCUGUUCAGGGUGAAUCUGACAAUGUGACCGAGGAUGGAAGUCGCCGCGUGUCGCCGCGCAGGCACGACUCCCUAUCCGGAGUUACCAUGUCCAAGUUUACAGCUGCUGAGGAAAGCCUAGUGCUUGACAAACUGCAGCUCAUCAUCAAAUGGGGUGGCGAGCCUACUCAUUCGGCUCGAUAUCAGGCCCAGGAAUUGGGGGAAAACAUGCGCAAUGAUCUUAUGCUCAUGAACAGAGAUAUCCUAGAUGAGGUGCAUGUUUUCAGCAGCUCCGAAAGACGUGUUACUGCGAGCGCACAGAUCUGGGCGGCGUCUUUCCUUGGGCAGAAGGAAUUGCCGGAAGACUUCAUCACUGUUCGGAAAGACUUGCUGGAUGACUCCAAUGCUGCUAAGGAUGAAACAGACAAGGUGAAAAAGAAGCUCAAGGGCUUGCUUCGCAAGGGCAAUGAACGGCCUGAACAGUUUGCGUGGCCUGAGAACAUGCCCGAGCCUUCCGAGGUUCAAACAAGAGUGGUGCAGCUGAUGAACUUUCAUCGACGUGUCAUGCAGUACAACUAUGGCAAGCUCUACAGUGGCGCAGCCACUUCCCUCGGUGCCAUUUCCAAUCCCAGCACUGAAAAGCUCAAUGGAGAAAGCUCUAGCACGUCUAUUUCUUCGGCACUUUCGCAUGCAAAUGCUGUGACCAGCAUCCAGUCCAGAUGGUGCUCGGGUGAAGAUGCUGAACUAUUCCGUGAGCGGUGGGAGAAGCUCUUUGCUGAAUUCUGCGACGGAGAAAAAGUAGACCCCAGCAAGAUCUCUGAGCUUUAUGACACGAUGAAGUUUGAUGCUUUGCACAACCGGCAGUUUCUUGAAUGGGUAUUUACUCCUCCAAAGGGCAUGCUGGAAGAAGAAUAUGGCACCAAAGAGCGAACCAAGGAAGGAGUAGAGCCCAAGGACAGCAAAGCUUCCGAGGACCCAAAAGGCGCCAACUCGGACAAUUCUGACAAGUCAGAUCAGAACAACCGCUCUGUGCGAAAGUUGUUUCGCCGACGUUCUUUUAUCAACAACAUUCGAGGAUCCAAUGAUGAGUCGCAGCCUGAGCAGUACUUUCGGUUGUACAAAGGCACCAGCCAAACCGCCGCAAAACCUGAUCCUCGCCACGAGCCUCUCCAAGAACUUUACAGACUGGCGAAAGUUUUGUUUGAUUUUAUUUGCCCUCAGGAGUACGGUAUCUCAGACAGCGAGAAGCUUGAGAUUGGUCUCUUGACCUCACUACCGCUGUUGAAAGAGAUUGUUCACGAUCUAGAGGAGAUGCAGGCUUCUAAUGACGCCAAGUCCUUCUUCUAUUUUACAAAGGAAUCUCAUAUUUACACGCUUCUCAAUUGCAUCAUUGAAGGCGGUAUUGAGACGAAAAUCCAGCGCAGCACCAUCCCUGAACUGGAUUAUCUGUCUCAAAUUUGCUUUGAGCUGUACGAGUCGGAAGUAGCACCGGCUGCUGGAAGUGCGCCUAGCGACGAACCCGCCUUCACAUACAGCAUCCGAAUUACCAUCAGUCCCGGGUGUCAUGUGUUUGACCCGUUGCAUGUGCAGCUUGAUAGCCGGCACUGCAUUGGGUGCGCGCCGAGGCGUAGUUUGACGGCUCAUCAAGACUGGCUGCAAGUCAUCAAGACGCUGCGGGCCAAAUUUACUCAGGUCAAAUUGCCAAAGACGUUUCUCGCAGUGAAUCUGUCAGAAGCGUUUGACUUUGAAGAGAAUGAUAAACUGUUUGCGGAUGACGUUGCACUGGAACUGAAAGCGCCGGCCGCCAAGGAGCCGAUUGUCCUCGACAUGACAGACAUGGCGCAUCCUUUUCAUAGCGAAAUUGAACUCGCAGACGGCAGCGAAGUAUGCACGCCAAAGCAAGAUGCAUCCCAAUACAUUUGA